ACAUAAUCGACCGAAUAGUUUUUUUUUUCUUGUGUGACGUUUGGUGAAAGUUUGCAAAUGGAUUUUUCUGGCCGCAAGAACAACUUCGAAAUGGAUACAACCGAGAAGGAGCUCCCGACUUCGGGGCAAAAUGAAUCGACUGGAAAGCGCCUGCACGUGCAGGAGCGUACACUCCCAGGGCUUGGACUAGUCUGUCGCCACGUUGAGUUUAAUGCGCAGAACGAGAUCAUUCACGCCACACGCUGGGCAAUUUCGCAGAAAAAUCAGGCAGCGUGGCAACAGGACAACUCGAACGACUUUGAUAUUGAAAGCCAUUUGAUUGCGCAGGAUAAUCUGCCAGAACUGGAACAGAAGAAAUAUAAUGACGAUAACAUCAAACGCUGGAUAAUUUCACAGGAGAAAUACUUACCGCAGAGGUCCACUGAGAUGCCCAUCGACGAGUUAAUUGAAAAUUAAGCUGAGAACAUGUAGAGGCGCGCUGACACUAGACGCGGCUUGAUUUUGGAGGGGAACAUCUACAGGGAACAUCCACUGGCCAUCAAUUAGCACUAAUUAAAUCCUCUUUUGUCUAUGGUUUGCACUGGUAUAUGACAAUGU